AUGAGAUUUUUAAAUAAUAACUUUGUAAGGCAGAAGAUACAUUUAAAUGUUACCACGAGUGGUGAGUAUGAGAUACCAUUUACACUCGUCCCAGAUUUCAGUACGCCCAAAUAUUAUUAUCGUCAACAUGUCUUUACUAAUCCAUCGCCUUUAUCAACAUCAUGUAGACAAAUGGAAAAUCGUUCAACGAUUUAA